CAGAAAUAUUACACGAAAAGGGUCAUUUUUUGUUUCUUUUUACUCUUGACUGACAAAAUAAAAUGGAGAGAAAUCACUUGCAACGUCGAGCUGCCUACAUGAGGGAAACCCUCUUUGAUCAGGGAUAUCUUGAUGAACAAUUUAUUCAGUUGGAAGACUUGCAAGAUGAUGCUAACCCUAAUUUUGUGGAAGAGGUUGUCAAACUGUUCUACACUGAUUCCGCUCGAUUUAUCCGCAACAUCGAACUGGCACUGGAUAAUAGCACCCAUCAUGACUUCGAAAAACUGGAUGAUAUUAUGCAUCAGUUCAAAGGUAGCAGCUCAAGCAUUGGUGCAGAGAAAGUAAAGAGAGAAUGCACACAAUUUCAAGAGUACUGCAAGGCAGGGAACUUGGAAGGAUGCAAAAGGACAUUCCAGCAAGUCAAACAAGAGAAUGCAACUCUCAAGAGGAAACUCGAGAGUUAUUUUCAGCUGAAAAGACAAGCUUCCUAAUUUGCCAACUUAUACAAGCACUGAGCAAGAUGAUGAAAUGCAGUGUAUAAGUCGUAUACAAUGUAAAAUCUUAUGGAAUCAAAGGACAUCUGCGAAAGGGACAUGGAAG